AUGAAUGCUCCAGAGUCCGACCGAACUUUCUCGCCCAAGCAGGCCUUGACACCUACACCAGAGCUCUACGGUGAGAUUGUCGGUGAUGGGAUGGAACGUCUUGCUGCUGCGUCUCUGUCCUGCACUGAGCCCUUCGGUCACUCCGAAGUCAUCUUUCACGAUGUCGGUUGCGGUCUAGGAGCAGGUACCGAAGCGAUCAUGAGUCUGAAGCAAGACAAUAUUGUCAUCAAAGGCACCGACAUUAACGAGGACGUCUUGGGAUUAUAUCGACAAAACAUAGCUGCAAAUAAAUGGCCUGCCGAGGCUCUCAAGAUGGACGCGUCGAAACUCGAUUUCCCUGAUAAGACGUUUACUCACUGCAUUGGCAAUGCGCUGCUAUUCGUUCUUGAGAAUGACGGCGUAGACGCGAUCAAAGAGAUACACCGCACCUUGAAACCCGGCGGUGUUGCCAUUCUCAACUCAUGGGCUCAUACUCCCACUAUUCCCGCGAUUCAUACAGCAGCGAAAAAGACCCGACCUGCUGGGACGCCUCUGCCCCGCGAAGGACUAGAUAAAUGGGAAGACAAAGACUUUUUGCUGGAUGUUAUCAUCAAAGGGGGGUUCAAGCCAGAAAAGGUGAAGUUUAUGCAGAAGGAUGUUCAUGUCACUGUUGGGGAUCUUAAACGUUUUGCGAUAAUGAUAUGGAGCUUUAUCGGAGGUACUUCCAAGGCGGGAUGGCUUAAGUCGGAUGAGGAGAACUGGGAUGUAGCUGUUGAUGCAGUCAUGGAGGCGCUGACUCAGACAGAGGGGUAUGAGGAGCUUGAGGAUGAGAAGAACAAGAUCAUGUUCCAGGCUCAUGUUGCCGUUGCUACCAUGUAG